UUCAUUUCGAUAUGCUAGAAAUUAAGAUUAACAAGUUAUAAUAAAAAUGACGUAACUACUUGGGGGGUUUGCACAGAGCAUUUCUAUAGUACAAUUUUGGAAAACUUGUUGCACUCUGCAGCCUCCCAACGCAAUCUUAAGCCAAUCCGUUCCGUAUGUUGAUGUCAUAGCACUAAUUGGUAAUGCUGCCAUUAACACUGCCCUUAUCGCUGGCUGUACUGACCGGCUUGUUGGGGUUCUUUGCCGGCGCAGUCGUACAACAGGAUAGCUCCUAUCGCAAUCUGCAAUCGACAAUGGAAAACGAUCCAUAUAUCUAUCAGAGUCGUCAGCGAAUCUAUCAGGCAUUGAGAUUGGUCGUUCAACCACUUCAAGCGGUCGACAACGACUCCAUCGAAUCUUUUGAUGAUACACCACCUGACUGGCCGAGCGGAGAUUAUGCAAUUCAGAGAAGAUCAGUAGACUCUGCGAUAGCAGAUUCCGUAUUUGCCAACUAUAUUAAAUGGUUUCAGCUCAACAUAAACACUGUGACCAUGUUCUUCACCUUCUCAUUGGGCAGUGAGCCGGUGGCGGAGCCGGAGCCCACCCAUGUGGCAACCCUGAUGAAAUAUGGGUUUCCCGGUCUGGAUGAUAUACAUGUUUAUCGUAAUUUUGUGCUAUCUUAUGAUAGACGCAAUCGGAUCGCUCACUGGGUAUGCGAGCAUCUGGAAAGCGAAUGUCUAAACAGCCCCGAUUCGGAUAAUAUGGAAAUACCAACAGAUUAUCUAAUCGAUUCCCAAAUUCCGGUUAUCUUUCGCGCCGCUUACCGCGACUAUAAGAAUACCGAUUGGGUGGCCGGUCAUUUGGCGUCGCCGGAGAACUAUUGCUACGAUGAGCAGAAAUAUAUUGAGACGUUCAUAAUGCCGAACAUAGCGCCAGUGAGCCAAGGGCUAAAAUCGCGAAUAUGGUCACGCCUGGAGGACUACGUACGCGAGCUGGCUGUCAAAUGCGGCUCGGUAUAUGUUUAUACGGGUCCACUCUUUAUGCCACAGCGCAUCACCUUUCGCAAUUGGGCAAUCAGGCAUCAGGUGAUUGGCAUGAAUACGGUGGCCGUGCCGACGCACUUCUUCAAAGUGAUAAUUGCCGAGUGCAAGGAUCAGGAGUAUCUACCCUAUAUGGAGGGUUAUGUUGUUCCCAAUACCGAAAUCGAGGGCAAUCUAGAGUUGAGCGCAUUCAUGUCCAAUAUCCGUGACAUCGAACACUUUGCCGGACUCAAAUUCUACGACGGCCAACUGCGACAGCAGCUGCAUCACAAUGUGGCAAGGCACGACAAACGCGAUGAGAUAAGCUAAAUCUGUGUGCGGUGCGUGUCGCUCUAAUUGGAACAUCAGUAUGUUUGGGAGGCUGCCGCGCUAUAAUCAAAAUCGAAACACGACCGUUACAAUAACUGAAUGUUUUAAAUCUAUUCUCUCACUUAUUCGAGCAUUGCACGGCACUGCUUGCAAAUAAAGGGCUUAAUCAUAAGCCUAAUCAAGA